AACGGCAAUGUAGUGAUGGGUAGUGACACAUCUGCUUGUCAUAUACCCACAUGUGAAGACAUAAGUCAGCUUGAUGUGGUUGGUAAUACAUUUGUAUUGUUAUCACAAUCAAACCUUUCUAAGUCUCAAGUUUCAUUCGUUCUGGUAGUCGAAAAAGAAACUGUCUUUUCAGCAUUACGCGAGAUUCAAUUUUCUAGAAGUUCAGUACAUGGCCAUAAUAUAAUUCUGACGGGGAAAGGUUACCCAGAUAUUGCAACACGCGAUUUAUUAAAUCAUUUGGCGAACGUUAUACCAGAGAAUGUCCCUUUUAUUGGCUUAGUUGAUUCGGAUCCGCAUGGUUUACGUAUUUUCCUAACGUAUAAAUUUGGUAGCGAAAACAUGCAACAGGAAAAGCUACAGAUGGCAUGCCCAAGAUUGAAACUUAUGGGUUUGCGUAAUGCGGAAUUUGAUCUGUUGUGCAUUCCUCCAAACCAGGCUUUAAGUAUCACCAAAAAAGAGAAGACGAUAUGCAAAAAAAUGAUUCAGCGUCUAGAUUUGAUGGAUAGAUCUGCAUUCGGUGUGAAGGAGCUCAAAGACGAGAUAAAGCAGAUGGUCACAUAUGAUCGGAAGUUUGAAAUAGAGGCGCUUUACAGUGCCCCUACACCUAACGGCGAGACUGUAUUUAGUGGACAGGUGCUUGGGGAGUACAUUGAUAGCAAAUUAACUAUAUGGCUUAAGCAACAGGCUAUACUAGAUGAAGCUGGCUUUGAAGAUAUGUCUAGUAUUCUAUCAUAUUGUGAACAUUUUGAAAACUACACAAGUAACAGUGCCACGGACUCUACUCUCGUAGAUAAUUUCCUUGUCCUUUCUAAUAGUCAAGACGAGGACGACUUUAUCCUUGAACAGUAAUACACUACUAGACAUGUAGUAUAAUAUUAUCACAAAUUCCAUGAUAGUAUGUGAUUUUGAACAUUGAUGAGAUUAUUCGUAGCUUAUCACAGUUCAUUCAAGAGGUUUUUUUUUGGCAAGGUCUGUUCACUUGAGUCACCUUUCUAUCUAUAUCUAGCAACAACGCUUUAUUUCCACGGUUUUGUUAUACAAUGGACUCUACUUAAGCCUCUUUGAUUCGAUAGAUGUAUUUCACUCUAAGUUUCUGGACGGGCUGAGCACUUUUUGGUAAGGUAAUGUGUAUACAUGUUUAAACUUGAACAAGCGACUUCACGUGUCCCUGUCUCUGCGUGAGGCAUACCAACUUCUUACACAUCUCCAUAUCAUGUUCCCCUGCGCAUAUCGUACAACGUAAGAGGGUCUGCAUACUUUUUGGUUAUGUCUCAACUUGUCACAUUGAGACAUUGCCUCAGAAUGAAGCUUCUGGUUCUACUCUUGUAGUUUCG